CUGGCACUCGUCCUCGUUCUCGCUGCUCGUCCUCGCUCCCGUCCUUGCCUCGUCCAUACACAUCGCGCGGCGCCGUGCGGUAUUGGGUAGCAGCACACGCCACCAUACGGCUCCAUUGGACGCUGCCUGGUGCAGAUCUUUUGACGAUGUGAUCUGCCUGCCCAAAUACGAGCAGUCACGCCGUCCAUAUCCGCGCCCUUCUUCCGGGACCAAGAGGUAGUCAUGUCUGCGCUGGAUGUCACCGAGAACAACUUCGUUCCCGACCAGCUGGUCGAUCAGCUCGUCAAGGGCUAUGACGCUCUAAGCGUUGAGAUCAAGGUCCUGGACGAUCAGCGUAGAGACUUGGAGAACCGUUUGUCAUGGGCCAAACAGCAGUACCUCGAUGCCCUCAAACGCUUCUCGCCUACCACCGCGUCUCAGGAUUUUCGCACCUUCCUCGACGAGCUCGAUGAGGCGGGAAUAUGCGAAGCCUCGCCCAAGAGCCUUGAUUGGCUUGCCUCCGCACAGCGAAGCACGGAUCCUGACCGUCAGAACAGGGCGUAUAAUAUUCAACGCGCGGCAGAUGCACGGGAGAAGAUUCGGUUCAGGAGAAGGGCGAGUGAUGCCGCCGCUCAUGCAAACGGCGCUGCAAUCGCGAACGUGAACGAUGUCAGGAUUUGGAACGGGAAAUCAGCCGAUCCGCCACUUUCGCCCAUGGAAAAGGACUUCACCACGUACAAUGGCACUCCAGGCAGGUUGAAGUGCCCUUUCGUCGCUCCUAACGGGCAGAGUGGCAGUCUUCUAAAUGGCGGCACCAAUGCCAUCAACGGUAUGUCAAACGGUAUUCGCACGCCAAAAGGUUCAUCGAUGUCGCGAGCUUCCAUAUCUGGACGUCGAUCGAAGCGUUCGUCCUUCCACGACCCAAUUCGUGCAGAGAUAUGCGGGUUUGAUCAGUCCAAUUCCAACGCAGCUUCCAUUGACGGCUCCGUGCCGCUCUGCCCCAUUCGUUUCCUGGAUCAGCACUCUCCCGAGGAGGUGGCACAGUACUUUGAGAGGCAUAAGCACGAGCUUCCAAGGAGUCACGAGCUUUGCGUCAAACGAUACCAGAGCAACGAGGCUAGCAUUCGCGAACUGGACAAAAAGUAUGGCACGCUUGUCACUAUGAUACAAGGGCUUGGCCAGGUGCAUCAACCUAUGCUUCCGGAAACGCCAGAGGAUGACACUUUGGAUCAGAACGAUGGAGUGGAGGGUGGAUCCAAAGCCAGAGUCGAAAAGUGGGCUUCUACCGUGACGGAGAGCCUGAAAGGGGUGGAUGAGAUCCCUGUUGACGACGUAUCGACGGGCGAGAACGGGGAAAUGGACGAGAGGGAACCGCAUUUCGACCGUCCACUUAAGGAUGUGCGUGUCGGCGAGAGCCCGAGCAGGCCUUGGGGCAUUGCAGUACCUGACGUUGAUGAACUAGACGGCGGUAGGGCGGCACGCUCGGAUCACACCGCAUCGCCAAGGGACACGCCCAUCCCACCGCCGACCAAAUUACCAGAGAGUCCCGUAAAGUCGACGACGACGACGACGACGACGACGAGAGAACCAGGUAGAUGUCCUUUUGACCACAAGAUGUUGUCUGGAAUGGCGAACCUAAUGCCUGGUACUCCCCAUACUAAUCAUAAUGCGUCUGCGGAAGCGGUCACUGCGAAACCCGAAUCUCAUAUACCGCCAAUGAUGGCAGAGUCGGUACUACCCAAGAACGGACGUUCGCCCGCAGCCGAUGAGCCUGAACUUCCGCAGGGCACGAAGGUAGCCGCUGCUGCCACCACUGCACCACCUUCUGCACAGCCGCCAGCACCGCAAUUGGUAUUCAACGGACCUGUGUUCUUUGGGUACAACAUGGACCAAGCUUUAGCCAUGCUGCAGGCCAGCGGCAUCGCUGGCAAGGUGGCCUGAUCAUGUUUUCGGAACCUGUAUUUUUUUUUCUUUGAGCGAGAGUGUACAAAAUUAGUUCAUAGACUGUACAUGCGCGUACAUGUCCCUCAGACUGUAAAUUAUCCUUGUUCAUAGGAAACACCGUCCGUCCGAUGCCAAAUGUUAAUGAUGUUACUAUUGGUACAUGUAAUAGAACAGCAAUCGAUCCCACCGGAGCUACCCUAA